GAAGAGAGAGAGCAGCCGGACGGAGGGUGAACAAUAGCAAAGAGAAACAAACAGAAAAGAAGAAGAAGGAGAAGAGAGCAGCAGGUCCAACAUGAGAGCAGAGGAAUAAACUGUGGUCCUGCUCGUCUGUUCAGACAUGUCCUCCCGGGCUGACAGUAAGACUGGCUCCCAGAUUGCGUAUCUCACCAUGAGGCUGAAGGAUAAGCUCCACCCGCGACGAAUCAAUUCUGAGCGAAUCAAACACCCCCCAUCACUGAGAGUCAAACCACCUGACCUGAACCUGCAGCAGCAGCAGCAGCACCAGUCGGCGGGUGUGUUGGCCGACCAGCAGCGGGCCGUUGUCAGCUCCCUGCAGUACUUCAAGGCUCUGGUGGACAAACUGGGUUUGGACAAACCCGGAGUGGCCAAACCGGUCCUGGACCAGUCUGUGCUGGGCCGUCUGCUGGGUGGGGCUUCUGGGGGGGUCCUGGAGACAGUCCAGAUUCUGGUCCAGCUGGAGCCGCGCCUGCACAGCAGUAAGACCAUCACCGCCUGUCUCAAUCGACUCCACCAGUCUCUGGCUCAGCUGAUUCGCUGGGCUGAUCAGGUGAUGCUGCAGAGUGUCUCCCAUGACAAGAAAGAGUCGACAGAGAGUGUUACCAAGAUGAUCAGGACCGUGCUGGACAACAUCAAGGAACUGGUUCGAUUGGCUGCAGAGAGACAAGAAGGCUCCGUCCCCUUGUCUCCUGUCCAACCGGAGUCCUCAACGUUUGAUGACCAAGAAACGUCAACCUGCAGGAAUCCAGCUGACGAGAAGGAGAACAAAGGGGUGGAGAUAGAGAAGAGAAGGGAGGGGCAGAUACUUUUAGCUCCUCCCAAACCUCCUAUGCCCCUCCCAGAUCCCAUCAUCCAGGUGAUGCCCCAGGAGGAACAGAGUCCUCCAGCCCUGCCUCCAAAAAAGCGUCAGUCAACAUUAAACCCCACCCCCUGCAGGGUUGCCAUAGUAGCACCGAUGAGAAGAGAGCCUGAAAUAGAAACACAGACCGAACAGGACUGUGAGGACGACUAUUUGAAGCGACACUCUGCAGGUUCUUUCACUCAGGACACACACACUGACGAAGAUCCGGACUACGCUUUCCUCGACACAGACCAGUCCUCGUCAGACACACUCCCCCCUCUCCCUGGUUCCUCCUGUCCCCCUCCCGCCCUGCCAGAGAAGAGACGACGCAGCACCACAGGUAAUACAAGCGCCCAGACCCAGCUCUGCUUCGAGUUUGACUCCACCUCUGAGGACCAGAGCGACGCCCAAUGUGAUGAACCUGUCUCCUCCCCCUUGUCCCCCAGCAAGACGCCCCCUCCCCUCCCUGAGAAAAAACGACACAUCCAUCAGUACCUUCAGUUCUGUUCGUCGUACAGUGAUCAGUCUCCCGUCAUGUUCUAUCAGAGGUCUCAGGCCUUAAGUCAGAGAUACAACAGCAGACAUCGAGAGGUCGACGCCUCCUACCAGCUCUCACACACAAACCUGGACACACACCUGGACCCAGACUUCACCCCGUCACCUGAGCUGGUUCCUCUUCCAAUUCUACCACUGAAGAAGAAGCAGCAGGAUUCAGACGACAGACAAACCGAAGACAGUCAGAGUGGAGACAGUUCCCAGAGUGUCCAGCAGGAGGUUGAGUGCAGCAGUAAUGAGGAGCAGGACGAGGUGUUACUGACUGACCAGCAAAACAUGCUCAGCAGAAUCACCAUGAAGUCUGAGGAGGAGGAGGGGCCAGAUGUAAAGGCAGCCUCACCUGAUGUCCUAUUGGUCUAUGCUACACAGACCAGUAGCUCAGAGCAGGACCUGUACCGCGAAGCCUUUCUCUGCACCUACAGGAGCUUCAUCGGUCCAAACGACGUUAUCAGCAAACUCCAGCACAGAUACAGACACCUGUGUGACAGACGGGAACCUACAAACCUGACAGCUGCCAAAAACACUUUUCACCUGCUGGUCAGUGUGGUGGAUGAACUAUGUGCCAUAGAGCUCGACUCUGAUGUGCUGCAGCUGCUGAUGGAUUUGGUGUUCAGCCUUCUGAUUGGUGGAGAGCUGGGACUGGCCCACCAGCUGCGCUCCAACAUCCUGUCAAAGAUGGAGAAGAAAUGGCAGUUAAUUUGUUCACCUCAGUCGCUCCGCCCACUUGCUGCCAAGGGAGUCGCUGCCAGACCAGGAACUCUUCUGGACUUCAGGAGUCAGGAUUUAGCUGAACAGUUGACUCUGCUGGAUGCUGAGCUCUUCAGUAAGAUCGAGCUUCCAGAGGUGUUGCUGUGGUCUAAAGAGCAGAAUGAGGAGAAGAGUCCAAACCUGACAGAGUUCACUCAACACUUCAACAACGUCUCCUUCUGGGUUCGUUCUGUCAUCAUCCUUCAGGACAAACCUCAGGACAGAGAGCGGCUGCUGCUGAAGUUCCUGAAGAUCAUGAAGCACCUGAGGAAGCUCAAUAACUUUAACUCGUACCUGUCCAUCCUGUCAGCGCUGGACUCCGCCCCUCUGCGACGUCUGGACUGGCAGAAAAGCACCUCAGAGGCUCUGGAGGAGUUCAGCACUUUGAUCGACAGCUCGUCUUCUUUCAGAGCCUACAGAGCAGCUCUGGCUGAAGUGGAACCUCCCUGUAUACCCUACCUGGGUUUGAUUCUGCAGGACUUGACUUUUGUUCACCUCGGGAAUCCUGACACCUUGAUGACAUCUCAGGGUUCAAAGGUUAACUUCUCCAAACGCUGGCAGCAAUUUAACAUCCUGGACACUCUGAGGAGCUACCAGCAAGUGACCUACUCUCUGCUGCCCGAUGAUGAAAUCAUAUCCUUCUUUAAUGACUUCGGUGAUCACCUGGCCGAGGAGGCGCUGUGGGAACUCUCCCUGAGGAUCCGCCCAAAGAACACUCCUCGAGCCAAUCAGAGAUGAGCUUUGGUGAAGCUACAGUGGGUCACACUGUUAAGGAGCACCCGUACAUGGUGACAUCACUAAAACCUGGGCACAGACUGGGUUAACCUGCACUGCUCUGAUGCUAACAUGCUAUAAUACAGAGAUAAGCCUGUUAACCUGAACUGGUGCCAAACGGGGCUUUUAAUGGACAUGAGCACAGAAAAAUGCAGGCUAAUACUAAAGAGGUAUAAAAGCAGGAUAACAUUUUACUAUGUGACCUUUGGGAUAUCCAGCCAGCAGUUUUCCUACUUCAGUCAGUAUUUCAGUACAUUUAAUCAUAUGCUCCUUUUAACAGAAACAUAUGCAAGGACAGUUUGCGAAGCUUAAUAUUUAAAGAUUAAAUCCAUCAUAAUGUCCCACAGUAAGCAGCUAAUGAGGGUAAUAUUCACAGAUCUUUGAUUGCUGUGGAUGCCUGUGCUCUCUGCUCACAUAUUCCAGAUGAGAUUCAGGUUCCGACAUGUACAGAUGGAUCCGAGGAGUUUCAUUUCUACCCUGGAACCACAAAUUAUCUUUUUGUGGUUUCACAUCAGCAGGAGGACACACCAGCAAGCACUGAGUGACUUCCAGAUCUUUAGGGAAGGGGAGCUUCAUCCAACAUCCGUCAAACAUCACUGCUGACCUGCCUGUCAGCUCACCUGCCCUUACCUGAUUGGUGGAGGUGGAGACUUUAGCAGUAAUAAGCUGAGAAACAGCUCAGCACUGGGUUUUUAAGGCUAUAAAAAUUCAAUAGUGAUUUGAUGUCAGUUCAUCCAAUCUGACAGCUCAGGAAUUUCAAAGGAAAGAUUCCCUUCUCAGUAGGAAUUAUGCAAAAUGUCAUCUCUAUGCUGUCUUUAGUCAUGUCUAAGAAAAGAAAAAGAAUCCUUAAAGGAUGAAGUCGGGCUGCUUUGAUGUGAUUUUCUAGCAUUGAUUUUUUUCUCAGUGCUUCAGAUGUUUCAGGGUAAUUAUCUGCUCCUGUGGCUCAGCGUGGACUCAUGAACACCUGAAGGAGUGAGCCCCACCAAUUUUCCACAUAAUGGAAAUUUAAAGUGUUCCUGAUCCUGGAAAAACAUCUAAUACAGCCCGACCUUCAUCGGUUGAAGGUGAAUGUUAAUGGGCCACAUCUAAACUGCUCUAAACUGAGUAUUUAUUUUGCACGUGUAAGAAUCCAAGCAUGAGACAGGAUCACCAACCAGCCCAACGUGAUUCCCAGACCCCAGAGGCCCCAUGAGCCUCAGGACUCCUCCACAUAUUUUUGGUCUUCAUAAUGAGGGUUUAAAAACUUUUCUAAAGCUAUAAUUACAUAAAUAUUCACAGGAAAACAGGAGCAGGUGCUGAAAAACAUGACACCUGUCAUCAGACAAUAAUGAACACUGCGGUGGCCUCUAGAGUCACAGCUGCUCAUCACAUGGUCCAGUCACAUGGAUGGCGAAUCCAACUCAAACUCAUAAAUCUGCCCUGCAAAGAUCUAAACUUGUGGAAAGUCGGUGAGAUGCUACGAAGAGACGUGCAGAGAAAAUCUCUGCAGCGACUGUUCAUGCUAAUCAUAGAGGAAAGAAUCCAAAUGACUGAUAGCAGGAAUGGAAAAGUACCCAAAUAUAUGUUGUAUUUAUGUUUUUUGUUUAUUUUAAAAUGUUAAGUUUUAUAUCUUUGUUUCAUUUUUAGCUGUUAUUUAUUGAUUUUUAUUUUUCCUGUACUUUCAGUAAUCGCCAGUCUGAUCUCGACUGUUCAGUUUAAAUGAGAUGAUUUUAUUUCAGCGCUGAACCGGCAGCAGCUGGAACAGAGAACGAUACACUUAUUGAUCAUUUUCUUUCAAUCUACUCACUGAUCAAUCAGUAAAAGUGAACCAGCCCCUUGUGCACUGAUUGGCUCCACUGAAUAAUUAAACAUUAGUAUGUAAGAUGUAGUUACAGUGCUGAAUUGCUGAGUUAUGAAAAUUAAAUUCAGUGACUGUGAGGAACUUCCGUUUCCAUGAAAGUACUUAAUUUUUUUUUACUUUAUUGCCAACCAAAAACAGGUGAUUUACAUACAAACAUUUUUAUCCUGAGACCGAGACUGUCACUUCACAUCAUUAUUCAUACAUAGAAUCCCAAAUUUUUAAUUUACCGUCACACAGGGUAAGGUAAUACAGGUAACCCAAACAGAGAGACAGAAAUGAAAAAGAUGCACCUUAGUUAAGAAAAGUCACAAUAGGCUUCCACAGUCUUUCAAAGCUCUGAGCUCUCAGUUGUAGUUGAGCAGUUAAUAAUUCCACUGAAUAUACAUGCUUAACUGUUUGUAUCCAGUUACUGGUGGGUCGGGCUUCAUCCAGAUGGCUGAGCUUAUCUUCCUGACUGUCAUUAGAAGAAUAUGUAGCUGAGUCCUUUGGUCAUAAGUGAAGUGGUCAGUGAACACAUCACGUAUAAAAAUUCCAGGAUCAAAAGGAAUGUUUACUUUUUUAUUCUCUCCUGCACAUCUUUAACAUUUUUCCACAAAGGUUGUAUCUGAGGACUGUACCAGAAUAUGUGGGUCUGAUCGCCCACCUGACCUCCUUGUAAGUACAUUUAAAAAGAAGUAAACUGUUGUAUUAUAAAGAGCUGCAUCAGAAUAUGUUUUUCUCUGCAUAUUAAAAGAAAACGCAACAAAAACAUCAGCAGCAGCUUCACAGGACGAAAAAAUACUGACACAGAACUCUGAUCAGGAUCAAAAAUCCUCAUUAACCUGGAAUCUGGUCCAUGAGGUGAAGGUUCAACUUUCUGCUGUUCAUACUGCUCCUACUCCUCAGCUGUUGCCAUACCACACAAGUAUUGCUCAGUGGAGCAAUGGUAGAAAGCUCAGAAGCUGCUGGGACAGAUUAGCCUGUCUGAGAGUUCUCAGAUCUUCUGAGAUGGUACCUGGAGCCUGAAACUGGAGCUCCACCUUGCUUGUGUUAAUGUGCAGCGGCCGAUGGUCCUCCUGCUUCGUCCUGAAAGCAGCGAGAAAGGCCACAUUAUUACAUCAUUCAUCUUCAUCUCUGAGAUGUUUCAGCUUCACUUCCCUGUCUCCUCACUCAGAGCUCAGCUCACAGGAACCUGAGUUACAUAUUUACUGUAAAAUCUUUAAGUAGUUUGAUUAGAUUUCUUUUUAUUUCAUUUCCUGGUUUAAGACUCUGAACGACAGAACUGCACCGAGUUCAAACUGUUAGAAAAAGGAGAACUUUGAUUGAUGAAGUAUCUGCUCAUCUUCUCUUUAGUUCUACAUGAAUCUGUUUGAUGGAUAAAAGUCUUGAGAUGUAGAUAAUGCUGUGAAUAAAUGACA